GUCACUCUCCAAAGCGUCAUCCCCGUUACAAUUUCCUACGCAUCACCACCACAUCUCUGCGAUCGACCAUGGCGCAAUACUACAACCAGUACGGCGCCUCUGCAUCGCCCUCAGCGACCGAGAACCUCCAAUUCUACCAUGGCUCCUACCAGGCCGCGCCCUCACAAGCCCCCCCGGCCAGCUACGGCGUCCCUCCUGGCGGCGGCUAUCGCGAACAGACCGGCCUGAGGACGGGGUGGCUGGCGGCCUUUUCCGCAGAAGGCUACGACAACGAGCCGUCAUUACGAGAGGAGCUGGGCGUUGACUUUGCACACAUGCAGGCCAAGACGCUUGCCGUCCUCAACCCGUUUUCUCCCAUCGAGCGGCUGGAGCAUGUUAUGAACGACUCUGAUUUGGCUGGGCCUUUGCUGUUUGUGAUUCUGUUUGGCGCCUUUUUGCUUUGCAGCGGGCAGGUCCACUUUGGCUACGUUUACAGUCUGGCGGUUAUGGGCUCGAGUACGUUGUACAUGAUUCUCGGCUUGAUGACGCCCGACACUCCGCAGGGAUAUCCUGGGGCCGAGCCCACGGCUAGCACACUGACGUUUACUCAGAAUGCUAGUGUGCUGGGAUAUAGCUUCUUGCCGCUGGUUCUGACGUCGUUGGUUGGUGUGGUCAUGCCUCUGGACUGCAUGGCGGGAUACAUCAUUACGAGCUUGGCCAUCUGCUGGUCGACUUCAAGAUCAAGCGCCAUCUUCUGUGCCGUCGGCAAAAUGAAGGAUAUGCGCGGACUGGUGGCGUACCCAGUCGCCCUGUUCUACGUUGGAUUCGGCAUCAUCACCAUCUUCAACAGCCGAGGAAAGGCGCAAUGAGUUGACGGAAGCGACUAUGGGUUAGAGGAAUUAUUGAUAUUGGAAUCGGAUAUGGGAAAAGCGCACUACGAGGGGCGAGGGCUUGGCUUCCUCUGAGAUGUAGGAAUCGGGGGAUCAUGUCGGCUUGUGGCCCUUGCCACUUGGCAGCUUGGUACAGUGGGAAAAGCACCGACUUUACUUGGAGCGAAAUCUUCGGCAAUGGUGCAAAAUCCUCGCCACGGAGCGGAGAGAAGACACAUAGAGGUUUAUAAUGGAGUCCUAAAACGUUGUCAAGCUAGCUUUUCGGUAGCUGAGCCCCCAGCGAAUAUCGUGUGUAUAAUAAAUAAUUAUUUACGAAGCA